AUGAAGACCACUCAGAUGAGUCUCGCCUGCGCACUCGCGGCCCUGGCGAAGACCUCUCUUGCUCAAAUGGCCAAUGGUCUUCCCAUGAAUGCCUACAACAGCAAAAACUGCGACAACGCUGUAGAUCACAUUGUGGAGGGCGACAUCGGCAACCAGUACCCCGACUGUGGCACAAUCUACUCGAGCGGUAUUGGGGACCCGUAUUUCGAGACAGACCCCGCCAAGGCGGGCAACUUUUUGGCGUGGUUUGAUAUACCCCAGGAGAUCAGCACAGAUCCACAUUCGUGCAACAUUAUUUUGGCCUCUCGUGACACCUCAGGCGGUAGCCUGGUCUGCGGCGCGCCGCUGCACAUCUUCACUCAGCCGGGGUGUAUCCAAGCUUCUGUUCCAGCCGAGGAUUUUGUUGUUACUUGGUGCUGCUCUACCAACUGCCAGGGCAUCACCUCAAAGAAGCGAUCCGAGCAAAUCGAAGCACCCGCCGGGAAGGUCGCCGAUGUGGCCGAGGUCAAGCGUAGCAACCCAUUUGCUAAACGUCCUUGUGGCGUCACAUGGAGUGGCAAGGGCGCUGACGUCUACCCCGAUGCCAAUACCCCAAUUCAAAAGGUUACCCCAACUUUGAGUUGCAACAGCGAAGCAGGUUGCACCUACAGCCAGGCCACUGCUGUCGAGGAGAGCACGACCAAUACUUUUAUGGUCUCCUCGUCCACAGAAGCAGGACUCUUCGACAUCAUGUCCGAAACUCUCACGCUGGGCUACACCUUCAGCUCCGAGCAAUCGCACACCGUCACUAAGACUCUGACUUUCGACUACAGUCAGGGUCAGAGCGGUUACGGUCAAUGGAUUCCCAACAUGAUGUGUUCGGACGGAGAGUUUGGCGGGAGCACUGACGGGUGCGACGGGAUUGAGAGCAUCCCCAGUGGCCAACAAACUGCGUGCUGGCCGAUUAAGCUUGCUGAUGGAUCUCCUGACGGUACUAUUACCUUCCUCCCUAUCAACUAG